GCGGAGGCUGUCCUUUGCACUACAGGGCGAGUUAAGCCCGUAUCGUCGAGAUUAUACGCCCAAUUUUCAGCACAUGAGCAGGUUUCUGAACAAGAGUCGAGUCCAUGGCACGAAAGAAAUGAGGAUUCACAUCCUAGGCCAUAGUCCCCAUCCCGAGGUGCUACACAUUGUAAAAACCACGUGUUUCAAAAAGGGCUUGUCAUAUAUUACUACUACGCCCUCACAUCCCCGAUAUUUGCGCUGCUGUCGGUGUUCGAGACAGAAGAGCACCAGGAUGGAAACCCGGUUCAUCGGCGCCGGCGGCAUCGAUAGCAGAGACAGCACUAGCGCCGACCAAGGCGAUAUUGAAGAGCUACGUAUAGCUGUCCGAGGAUUUAGAGUGCAUUUCGAAGAGGGCGGAGACGGAUUUCGAUUUGUCGGGAGGACAUCGGCAAUGAAAUUGGGCGAGAGGCGGGAAAUGCUAGUGUGGGAGGUGGGUCGGGUAUCGUUGGAAAUUUGCGGCUUGCAGAGGUGUGGCCUUCAGCGGUAUAACCGCUGGAGGAUCGUUAACUCGGAUGUUUAUUCGGCUCAUGGCUGACUGUUUUUUUAGCAUCCAUGUUAGAGGCUUGAUGGGUCAUAUGGGUUUUAGAUAUUGCUGGAAAGACAGGGGAAUGGCACCACAGCAGAGAUGGAGUGACGAAUCCGAGAGUAUUGGGAUCUCAGGUCAUAUUAGGGACGGAUAUGAUUCAAAAACUGUGAC